AUGGCAGGAGAGUCCGUCGGGCUCGACUCCCUGGGCCCACAGGAGCUAGCUGAGGUGGGGAAGCAGCUGGAAGGCGAGAUCAAUGGAUUCAUCCAGAAUGCUCUCACCUUGCAGCAGACGGCGGGGAAGUUUGCCGCUGCAGGGCAGUCGGUAGAGUACCUGCAAGGGCAGAAAAAAGGUCAGCCCCUUCUCCUCCCCCUCACCGAAUCUCUGUACGUAUCUGGGACCUUAGAGUCUGUGGAAAGCGUGCUCCUGGAGAUUGGUACCGGGUAUUUCGUCGAGCGUGAUCUGGAGGGCGGCAUUGACUACUGCCGCAGGAAGGUGCUGCUCGUGAGGGACAAGACGGAGCAACUGUCUCAGCUCAUCAAGUCCCGGCAAACAGCGCUGGCUCAGGUGAACGCUCUUCUAGAGCAGAAGGUGGGCGGUCAGGCAGGCCAGGCCUGA